AUGGGGAACGCACCCUCAAAAGAGCCGCAAGGCCGUUCGUUCCACAGAUUAUCUAAACCCAGAGUAGCCAGCCACCAAGGCACUCCUCCCCUAUUGAGCCCCAAUGGCCAGUUGAACACAUCCAACCGCUCCUCGGAUCCAGGCCCUGACCUGUUCAGCAUCCCAUACUCGACGACUGCCACUUCUACGCUGUCCAUUGACAUCAACAGAGACGAGUUCAAUGACAGCGAGAAGCGGAAUUCCUUCCUCUCCCCGCCCAAGCCUCAGAGACGCCUCAGCCUAUUCCGGUCCAAAUCCUCCCAGGAGUCCUCAGAGCGCCGCAGGUCCAGACGGAAUACUGUCAUUGGGUCACCAACUCUGCCGUCAGAGCCACCCGCGAUUUCAAGAGCCAACUCUGUGAACACCAAUACCCUCGGGGCCGAGCCGAACGUGUACGGUGGCCUCGCUAGCCCUGACAGUUGCCCAUCCGCCGGAUUGCGCGCUUCAUGGGCGUACGACCUCUCGUCUUACGAAGCCCAGCGGAUAUUGAGUCUCGUGCCAGAGCAAAUGCCUGGUCUACCUCGGAACAAUACGUCGACUUCACUUCAUGAGCCAAAGCCCGACGGCAUAAGGAGGCCAGCUUGGCGACGAGACUCGCUGCCCGUACAGCCAACGAGCGCCGCAAUAAGCCGGUCUAAUUCCGAAAUGUCUUUGCACCCACCUAUGCGCCGACGCUCCAUAGUUCAGACUCCUGGUGUUGCCACACGUAGUGUCCGCCCGGGUCUUGUUUCCACCAGGACUAGUCAUAGACACAGCCUCCCGGCAACUCCUAGUAUAUCAAGACAGGCGUCCUUCGACGGGGCAGACUGUCGUGUUGUGUCUCUUCCGCCACUUCCUCCCAUCCCUGCCUCAUUCCGUGCCACGCAAGAUAUUCCUCGUGUAGUCACGCCUACAGAAGGCGACUAUAGUACGACCGGGGGGUUCAAGUUUGGAACGUUACGCAUCAUUAAUGGCAGUCCCGACUUGACCCCUGAUGUCUCAGGACCCUUAGGAGAUAAGAUCGAUCACUUUGAGCUCCCUGGGGCCUCCCUCGGCUAUUUUACAAAGCUGCCACUACGCGAGGAGAAGGUGAUCAGCGAUUCGAAACCGCGCCAUACGCAGCCUUUCGUACAAUUUGCGACCGCCGAGAAACUGGAUGAGAGCAGUAGCCGUUCAGCGAAGCCAGCUCCUACAGUCCGCACCGAGCACAAUGCGCCGACGCUCUCGGUGACCGUUCCGAGCGGUAAAAUCGAAAUCAUUUCUCCGUUGGGGCUUCUUUCCAGUCCGGCCGAGCCCGAGCCCAAAAGCCCAGCUAGCCCAGUCCUGAAAACGCAGUCUAAGCCCGCGGCCGAGGAUCAACUGUUUGAAGCGGAAGACGAGAGUGAGACCGAACUCUCUACUGUUGAGGUGCUGGACGUCAGAGUCGACCCGAACGCAAGACGCGUGCCGUCACAGUGUCCAGAUGAUGCGUCGAAGCCUGGCGAGCCAGUGAUUGAAAGGUCUGACAGUGGUUUUGUAUCCAACGCAGUGUCGGUUUCUUCGACUUCUCACAGCUCUCUGGCCAAGGCCGAUUCUGGAUAUAGCUCUAGCGUCUCCUUGCGCUCAUUCCGGAGUGGGAGGAAACCUGUAAUUGUCGAGAGGGAUGCAGUGCGAAGCUCGACGGAACGCGCAAGAGAGGCAUCCAAGGUUCAAGGUCAAGAACCACUGCAGGUGGUCGAGCGCACAAGCCCGGCCGUCAAUGAGGGUGGUUCUGGCGACGAAAGGCCUCCAACGCCACCCCCCAAAGAUGACGCCUUCAUGAUGCAGGCGAAACCCACCGUGGUGGAGGAUGUUCACGCCAAACCACAGAGUCCGGGAAAGAAGCGAAUUCGACAGCAGCUUCCGGCCAUCAACACUAGUCGGGUAGAUACUCGAAACCUCAAGAAGACCGAGUCUGUUCCGCCGACCCCGGCAAGUGCCAAAUCUGAUGCAUCUGAGUCGGCAUCCUCGCUAAGCAUCGCGAGCACUUCACAAAAGCAUGGACGGUUGCAUAGAUUUCUGAGUCUGAGGGGCUCAGCUCAUUCAAAAGCACCAUUGACAGUGCAUGUGACUCACGCGGUGAACGAUCAGGUCCCAUCGAUCCCUAAAGAUGUCGAGGAGAAAUUGCACGAACACACGGGCCGCUUUCCGAUGUCUGCAAAGCGGCUUGCGUUGAAGUCUCAGCUGAGUCAAGAAACGCUGAAAACGAUCCUUAGUGUUGGAAGCCUCGAAAUUGCCAAGGAGGAUGAGCUUCCUCCUACUCCAACUUUCUUUGAUGACACCGACGACGGUCUCGGUGAGGAUGAGGACACUGCCUCUGGAGAUGCAAAGGAACAUUCCAUCAGGCAAACAAUUACCUCUAUGCAGUCCAACUUCAAGCAAGCCGCGGCUUCCAUGAUACCAAACAAAAAGCCGAGUGUAUCAAAAGCAGUGCCAACAACGCGCAAGGAGGUCUCACACCCACAAACUGUGCAUGAAACCGCAGUUAAGAAAUCGGUUGCUAGGGAGGCAGAGGAAAUCGCCGGGAAGAUCCAUGACCAUGACCUCCUCUCGGGAAUCGCGCCAGCCACUGAGAACUUACAGCCUGAGCACCAUGCCAUUAAGCGGCUCAGCUCCCUCACCCCGACUUCUAUCUCCCUCGAGCCCGACUUCAAGGGCGAGCUCGCCGUCGAGGAAGGUGAAAAGUCCACCUCCGGUCAGCAUGACAACGCGCUCACUGCGCAAGGCCCCUCCGCCCCCUCCACGCUCGGUACAUCGCCCUCAAAACUCAGAUGGCCUCCACGAAAAGAGACACGAGGCCGGGCGCGACCCUGCAAGCGGCCCGUCUCCUACGCCUCGAACUCCAUCUUUGAACACUCAGCGCUCUCUGGACAGCGUUCGGCGAGUUGUGUCGAUUCCGGGUACCCUUCAAUACCGUACCGCUGA